AAAAUUAUUUAAUGAAAAAAGCAAAAAAAAAAAAAUAAAAGAAAAGAAAAACGAAGAAAAAUUGCAAUUGUUCUUGUUUUACAAACGAAUCGAAAGACAUUUUAAAAAAUUUUCUUUAAAAAAAUUAUUUAAAUAUUAAUUAUUUAUUACAAAUUGUCGUAGUUUUUACGUAAUGUUUGAAUUUUAAGGUUUUGCAAAAAGAUAAAAAGGCUACGAGAGCGUUCAAAGCAUCAUAAAGGAUCGAAAAAUUCAAAAGCAAAUGGCUACCACCUUAGCUUUGACAUCUCGAAAGGAAUUAAUGCACAAAGCCGGCUGGAAAAUCGAUCAAAAUGAAGAGGCCUGUUACAUUGACAUUGAUGCCGAUGGCGACAGUGAUCGAGAAGAUGAUGACAGACGCGUUCCCUCAAAUUGGUGCAAUUUGCCAGAUUUAAUUUUGGAAGAAAUAUUUACAUAUUUAACACCCAGAGAACGCUACUAUGCUGGAUUGGCCUGUAAACAGUGGUAUCGUGCUUUUUACUUGCCCGCUGUCUGGAAUAAUUUUCUGGUGGAUGAUCGUACAUUGACUCGACAAAAAUACAAUUAUUAUUCGGGCUGGCAAUACUGUUUGGAUCAUAUGCGAACGCAACAUUGCUUAGCCCGCAUUGGUAGGCAUUUACGCGGCUUAGAAUUUCGACCCGAAGUCAGUUUCAAUAAUAUUUAUCAAUUUAUGACAAUGCUUUCAUGGAGCAUGGGAAAGGGUAUGGAAAAGAAUGGUCCAAACGACUUGAAGGGUAUGGGUCAACGAAUACGUUCGCUAACUUAUAUAUUCCCAUGUAAUAUGUCCCAAGCUAACGAUCCAGAGGGCAUUAAACUUUUUGGUACUGGCGGACAAAUGCUUAAGGGUUUAAAAGAUCUACUCUCGAAAUUGAGAUAUUUGAGAGUUUUGAAAUUGGUCGACUUUGUAUUAGAGAAUUAUGAAGCCAAACAUUUGUUAGAUGAAGUAUUGGACGCUUGUUGUACGACAAUGAAAGUAUUGAAUAUAGUUAACGUUACAACCCAUCAUUGUCCCAUAAUUCAUGUCGGAUUGUUUAUCAAUUUGCAGAUCUUAACUAUUGCCCCACAAAAUAUUGAUGAUGACAUUUUAUCAUUAUUGGGUGAUACGCGCUUAAAACAUUUACAUCUACUUCAAAAUUGUUAUACCGCCUCGUAUUUAACGAUCAAUCAUUGCAGCGUUCGAGCUUGGCGUAUACUGAAACGCGAUAAUCCCCGAUUGAAAAUCCAUCUACGCUUGGAAUCUUUAAGUGAUGGCGAAUUAGUAAUACAACCAGAGGCCCCCGUCUAUAGUAUCACUUAUAGUGCACCUAAAUCAAUGAUACUUCCCGAUACUCUAAUACGGAUGAUAGAUAAUUAUCAUAAUACUUUAGCGAUCUAUGGUUACGAAAUGUUGCCACGAUACUGUAGCCCCAAAGCGUUUCACAAUCGCAUCGAUUCGCUGAUGUUGUUAAUUUGUCGGCAAUGUUUCAAUUUGCACACUUUGCUCAUACGUGAAAAAGUGUCUACUUCAACGGUGCUUUUGUUAGCACGUACCGCUCAAAAUUUGCGACAUUUCUACGUUCGACGUUUCGCAGUUGUUUUACGUUGUGACUGGCCCCGCCAUCCGGAAUGGUCGGACGAGUUUUACGCUUGGCUACGCCGUUGUAGCCGCUCAUACGAAUCAGUAGAAUGUGAAGUCUCACAAAUUUUAGGAGAGAACUGGCACUUUUUAAGCGACCAAGAGUAUAAAGAACUAACAGUGGACGUCCAAGCAAUUUACUAAGAAAAUUUCGUAAAA